AUGUCCGCGACAGGUGCUUUACACCUGCGGGACCCAGGAGCGCGCCAGGCGUUCCUAAAGUACGCGCCGGGGACUUUCACUUCAUCCACUCACUCACUCACCUGCACAGAUCUGCAGUCUUUCGCGGAGCGGAAUAGAGAGAGGAGCAGGCUCCUCCGGGAAACUGAAAUGAGGGUUUCCCCCUUAAGAUUGGCGUGUGUGCUGACUUUUGUAUGGUUUGCGUCGUUCGUUUGGAUUAAAUCCAUCCCCAGUGAUGAUGCAUUGACGGACUGUGACCUCCAGAUGCUGUUUGAGAGACUGCUGGUUGUGAAGGAGUUGGAGGGACAGCUUAUCAGUAAUAUCAGCAAUGUCAUGGAAAGGCUGGCAAACAUGUCCAAAGUUGCCAACGUCACCAAUCUCAUCAGUAACUCCACAACCAACCAUACUAGCACCAGCUCCACAGCAGGAGAGGCCCUCUUUAAACUUGGGAUUGACCUCCUCUUGCCCCACCUUAAACAGCAUCCAGACAGCCUUGUGCCUAAUGUCGUGCUGGGAAAGGGACGCCGUGGAGUGUCUAUUGUGUUAGGAAUUCCGACGGUGAAACGCGAGCAGCAGAGUUACCUCACCAACACGGUCAGCUCUCUGCUGUCCAGCCUCACCACUUCACAACGCAGGGACAUCCUCAUCGUCAUCUUUGUCGCCGAGACAGACUCCGACUACGUGAAGAGUGUAGCGCAGACCAUCCUGAAAAAUUUUACAACAGAGGUGGAGUCUGGCCUACUGGAGGUGGUCUCCCCUUCACAGAAUUACUACCCUGACUUCAACAACCUCGAAGAGACAUUGGGAGACUCCAAGACCAGAGUAAGAUGGCGUUCAAAGCAGAGUAUGGACUUCAGCUUUCUCAUGCUCUACGCUCAUAACAGAGGGACUUUCUAUGUUCAGUUAGAAGAUGACAUCAUAGCAAAAGACGGCUACUAUAGUGACAUGAAGUCAUUUGCCACCCAGAACACUACAAAGCAAUGGCUCUAUCUGGAAUUCUCCCAGCUUGGAUUUAUAGGCAAGAUGUUUCAUGCCCACGACCUUCCAUUGGUUGCUCAGUUCUUCCUGAUGUUUCACAACGACAAACCUGUUGAUUGGUUGUUGGAUCACAUUCUGUGGGUGAAGGUUUGCAACCCUGAGAAGCCGAAAACAGAGUGUGAUCAACAAAUGGCAUUGCUGAAGCGGAGACAUGAGCCCUCCCUUUUUCAACAUGUGGGCCUCCACUCUUCUCUGCCUGGGAAAAUACAGAAUUUAAAGGAUUUGAACUUUGGGAGGGAGACUCUGUACUGGGCCCACAGCAACCCGUUUGCUGAGCUCCACAGCAGCCUGAAACACUACAGCAAGCAUAGUUUGGACAGGGUCUACGGAGGACAAGGCUUUUUUUGGGCAAUCACACCUGUCCAUGGUGAUUACAUCCUCUUCCGCUUCCCCCAGCCAAUCUACAUAUCUGGGUACCUGUUUCGCAGUGGAAAUAUAAAAAACGAAAGAGAUAUAUUCCACAACACAACUGUGGAAGUGCUGCCCGGCAACGCGUUCGCAAAAAAACUACUGCUUAAUGAUUCAUCUUCUCUAUACAAGGAUGAGGGCUUCGUUGUUGUUGGGGCCUUCCAGAACGGAGCGGCCGAAGGCGAAAUCGGGGACGAGCUGCAGCCGGUGUCUGCCCUGCGCCUGGUCGUUCACUCCGAUUCCGACGUCUGGGUUCUGCUGAGCGAGGUACACAUCAAAGUCUGAAGGGCUGAGACAGAACAGGGACUAAAAGCUCCAUCUGCUGGACAAACUGCUCAGCCUGCAUCACAGAGGAGGCUCUGCGCUCAGAGGGAGAGAUGACGGGAAGGGAAAAGCUCUUUCCUUUUUUUAAAUGUCCACUCAUCAGAACACCAAACACCUAAACCAAGCUGUCCUGUGACGGGUACUUUGGAUAACUUAUUGCACUUUAUGUGAAUAGAAAAAAGAUUUUAGCAGUCGAAAGAGGAUCAUCAAAGCACAAAAAAUAAUCUAUUAUGUGGACCAAUUAAUUGUAGACUACCUGCAAAAGGUAGAAAUUAAUUAAGAUAUACACUUGUGCAAAAAACUGUACUUACAGAAGGCGUAUUCCUUGUUAAAGGAAGAUAUUUUUACAUGAUUACUUACAAGAAACAAUCCAAGAAAGGUCCAUUUUAAAAGUAUCUCUUUGCAACUUGAAUCAAGUGUGAUGAUUAAAGCUUUCUG